AUGUCCGUCGCCGCGAUGCCGCCCGCCGCGCGCCUCGCCCGGUCCGGCGUGAUCGCGAACGCGACCGCACCGCGCGGGAGCCCUCCUCGCGGCGCGGCGCGCGGUCGCGCCGGUUCGCUGACGAGCGAUCAUCGACGUCGCGUCGUCCGGUCGAUCUCCGCGACAGCGCUCGGCCGACGCGCGUCCGCGUCCUCCGCGCCCGCGCGAUGGACCGCGCGACGCGGCCGCGGCCGCGCGGCGCAGACGCGAUGGACGACCGCGAUCGCGCCCGGCGCGAGGGAGGAAUCCGCGGCGUCCACCGCGGCGGCGGACGACGGCGACGACGCGACGGCGUCGUCCUCCUCCUCCUCCUCCUCCGCGGACGCCGACGCGAUCGUCGAUCGCGUCCUCGACGCCAUCGCGGACACGGACUCGGGACGUGACGUCACCGACGCCGUCCGCGAGGCCGUGGACGCCGACAUCGUCGCGCUCGCGAAGAUCGCGUCCGACGCGAACGGCGGCGACGGCGCGCGGACGCUGACCGAUCCGCGCGUCUACGGCGACUACGACGUGUCCUACGUCUCCACGGGGCGCGCGCAGAUUGGCAACCCCGCGGGCGGGCGGUUCCGGGGCGGGAUAGGCGCGAUGCUGUUCCGAACGAUCGGUCUGGAGCAGAACCUGUACGAGCCGAACGUCGUCGUGAACCGCGUCGCGUUCCUCGUCUUCGGGUUGAUCCCGGGCGAGGUCGUCUUGGACGGGACGUUCGAGGCGAUGACGGAGGACCUCGCGGACCCGAACGCGCAGCCGGCGGCGGAGGAGGAGGAGGAGACGACGGAGACGCGGGACGGCGCGGGGGGAACUGAUACGUCACCGGGAGAAGGUGAAUCGACGCCACCCAACGACGCCGAAGGCGGCGGCGGCGGCGAGAAGGAGAAGGAGAAGGAGAAGGCGUACGAGCGCGAGGUGGUCGUGAAGAAGGGCUACGGCGUCGACGACGGGAUGACCGUCCGCGCGUUUUUCGCGCCGCCGAAGAUAAAAUUCGGCGGGUUCCCCGCGUUUUCAGUCGGCCCGAAGAGCAGCGUCGUGCUCUCGACGACGUAUCUGGACGAGCGAAUACGGCUCGGGAGAGGCAGCCGCGGGUCGCUGUUCGUGUUCACGCGGAAGACGAGAGAAGACGCGGAGAGAGACCGGAAGCGGUGGGCCGUGGGAGGGCUGGGCGUGACGGUGUUCCUCGCCGCGACGCUUGGAUUUUUCGUCGUCGCGUGGCGAAGGUUCACAGCGGGCGGGGUCACGGAGCUCUCCGUCGCGACCGCGGUCGCGGUGGUCGUCUCGUUCGCGAUGGCGCUCGUGAUGCGGCAAGGGGGGAUCAUCGCCGAGGACGCGGACUACGACGAGAAGUACGACACCGUCGUCGCGAAAGCCGCGGCGACGGCGCGUCGUCGACGAGCGGCGAACGAGGGCGAGUGA